AUGGACGACGAGCCACCAGUUCUGCAUAAGGCCCCGCCUCUCGACCCUGCAUGGCUCCAACAUGAGCGGGAAGCCAAUCUCCUCGCCCCUAAACCAGCCAUGGACCCCCUCGUCAGGCAGGAAGUAUACGCGACACAGUGCCGGGAGCGCAACAGCGCCAUGAUAGCCUCAGGCGCAAGGGACCACCGCCUCGCGCAGGGGAUCAAGACGCAGUCCGCUCACGUGUCAUCGACCUUGGGCGGGUACGAUAUUCCCAUGCUGCAGUAUGACCGGGACCCGGAGACCGAGCCCAUAUGGGUAGCCAUCUACUACCACGGCGGCGGGCUGCUCGUCGGUGAGGCCGACAGCGAGGAUCUAUCCUGCCGGCGCAUAGUGAAAGAUUCCGAGGCGUUCCUCCCCGGCCUCCGGCUGUACUCUGUCGGUUACCGGCUUCAGCCCGUCUAUACAGCUACCACCAUCGUCCAGGACUGCGUCGACGCGUUCGAUUUUGUGAGCAAAAGCCACCCAGGGGCCAAAGUCCUCGUCGUAGGUUCUUCGAGUGGCGGCCAGCUUGCUGCACUUGUCACACAGCAGGCAUCCAAGACAAGCUUCCACGGGGUGGUCCUGCGCUGCCCAGUGACCAGCGACGCAUUCAGCGGGAGGGAGUACGUACCAGCGAGGCUUCAUGACUUGCACACCAGUGCGUGGGACAGGAGCUUCGAUACGAGUCUCCUAGGAUUCAUGAAAAGAGACCAGCCUAGGGAUGGGCUGGAGAGAAUGCCACUUGAGGCCAGAGUGGAGAGUCUAAAGGAGAUGCCGAGAACGUGGAUCCAGGUGUGCACGAACGACGUUUUAUACUCGGACGGGACCUGUUAUGCUAUGGUCUUGAGGCACGCCGGAGUUGAGGUCAAAACAGAUGUUGUUUGGGGAUGGCCGCAUACGUUUUGGCUGAAGGCUCCGCACUUGCCAAGAGCCUUCGAGGCGGAUACAGCGAUGCUUGAGGGGAUGGCUUGGGUAGCGGGGUCAACGAAUUGA